AACGCCGCGCGCAUGAUUGGUGGCAGGCAGGCAGGCGCCGCUGCUCCUGCAGCGCCGGUUUGGUUUGGUUUGCUUGGGGUCGGAGCAGGGGGUCGCCGUCGGCUUGCUUUAAUACGCGGGGGAGCGGGCGCCUCCCCAGCGUCUGCCGAGAGAGUUCGGGAGGAGGAAGACGAGGCAAGAAGAAGAGGGUGAGGAGGGUCAUCGGAGAUGUCGGACUGGGGGCCGGUGGUGGUGGCGGUGGUGCUGUUCGUGCUGCUCUCGCCGGGGCUGCUGCUGCAGCUGCCGGCCAAGGGCGGCCGCCUCGUCGAGUUCGGCAACUUCCAGACCAGCGGUGCCUCCAUCUUCGUCCACGCCAUCAUCUUCUUCGCCCUCACCGCCGUCUUCCUCAUCGCCAUCGGGGUCCACAUCACCACCGACUAGCCGGCCGGCCGGCCUUAGCUGCCGAGCACCUCGUACGAUACGGCAGCCUGUAUGUGCAUCAGUAUUUGCAGAUUGUAAAUUUGUAACUGUACUGUACCCCUCGGCUAGCAGUUAAAGCGUUUAUAUAUGCAGGGAUUUGUAAUCUUCUUAUCAGACGGAUUUUAAAACUAUUGUACACUAGCCACUGAAUUUCUUUCUGAUCAUGCUACUUGCUCCAUUCCAA